GAUGAUGGUGGCCAGCGGCCUCCCUGCCAUCCUCGUCUUCAUUCUCAUCUUCAUGGAGACGCAGAUCACCACGCUGAUCAUCAGCAAGAAGGAGCGGAUGUUGCAGAAGGGCUCUGGGUUCCACCUUGACCUCCUGCUCAUCGUGGCCAUGGGCGGCUUCUUCGCGCUCUUCGGGCUGCCGUGGCUCGCUGCGGCCACUGUGCGCUCCGUCACGCAUGCCAACGCCCUCACCGUCAUGAGCAAGGCUGUGGCGCCCGGGGACAAGCCCAAGAUCCAGGAGGUGAAGGAGCAGCGGGUCACUGGGCUGCUGGUGGCUGUGCUCGUCGGUAGGUCCAGCCCUGCCUGCUGUGGGUCCCCUGCCAGCCCUGCUCCAUCCUGUAUGGGCAUGGCGGGGGGGCUGGGCAGCCCCGGGGAGCUGCGGCGGUGCAGGGAGCAGCAUGGGGAAUGGGGCUGA